ACAUGUAGUCUUACCGAAGGGUCAUAUCAACCUUCGGUAUAGCUGUCAUUCAGCAUUGAUCACUUUUUACGGGGACACUUUCCCAUCUUCUGUGACGUUAGAUCAGACGUUAACACCAGCCUCUCAAAUGGCAGACGAAGCACUUUUCCAGUUUCUGCACAGUGAAUUAAUACAGUACAUUUAUAAAUCUGGUGCAAAUGGAGAGACGGAGAAUGGUAAAAACAUCACCAAAUUGGAAGCAAUGGGAUUCAGGGUCGGGCAAGGACUCAUAGAGAGGUUCACCAAAGAAACGCCACGCUUUAAAGACGAGCUGGACGUUAUGAAAUUCAUCUGCAAGGACUUCUGGACUUGUUUAUUCAAAAAGCAAAUUGAUAACCUCAGAACCAACCAUCAAGGAAUCUACGUACUACAAGACAAUAGCUUCCGAUUACUCAGUCAGCUGUCAGCUGGGAAGCAGUAUUUGGAACAUGCCCCCAAGGUGAGUUUAUUCAGUUCAAAUAUCAGUACAACAUGUUAUAUCCAUUCAAACAGAGAGCAUGAAACUGCCAUGGAAAUGUCUUGGUGUCAUAAUCAAGGCCUUUUAUACAAGAUUGUUGAGGACAAUACAUCAUAUACUGACCAAAAAAAACGUGUUAAAAAAACGUAUGAAUGUAAUGGUGUUUGCGUGUUGCAGUAUUUGGCGUUCACCUGUGGUCUGGUGAGGGGGGGGCUGUCCGACCUUGGAUUGAAGAGUGUGGUCACAGCCGAGGUGGCUGGCAUGCCUGCAUGUAAAUUCCAGGUUAUGAUCCAGAAGGUGUAGCGUCCGCAGAAGAAGCAGCAUCGAUGUCCACAACAGAGCCUCACCCUGCCUAUACAACCUCACUGUGUUCAUCUGCAUGCAGGGUCCUCACUAACAGCCAUUACUAGCCAUUACCAUUACUUUGGCAGCAACAUACUUUAAACUAGCUUGCCUGUAGCUACACCCAGCUAACCCCCCCCCCCCCCCCCACCACCCCUCCCUCCUACUGGGGUUUCAUGUUGUAGCUUGUUUUAAUGCUAACGAGUAAUUGCAAUAUCCAACCCGGAAAUCAGAGUAAUUUGCACCUAAUCUUUUCUUUUUCAAGAUGUGUCAUUUUGUUUUUAAGAUGUUGAUUUAGACUAUAGUUAGUUAUCACAAUUAAUUAAUGAAGCCAGUUAAUUGUACAAAAUAUACCGCUUACGUAUGCAAGUAUUCAUGUUGGAACAAUGCUUUAUAAAUGAACUCAAUAUUAGCUUAACGCUUCAAAGUUGCAGUUAUUCUCUAAAGGGCCACCAAAGUAUUUUAUCCAGGUGGAAGAAUGGAGAGAGUGGGAUGCCAACAGUGGGAUGCCAAGUCGCCAACCACUGUCCCCUCUAUGUUCCUUCACCUCUAAGAGUAUUGAUUGGAAAAUGUUUUAUGUGACCUUCAUGAAUGAAUAUGAUUUAUGCUUUCUUGAGCAUCACUGCACAAAGGGUAACAGAGAAAUUAAAUUAAUAUACAAAUA